AUGAACAGUAAACAAUAUGUUUUAAAAGAAAUUAAUUUACAAUAUGCCCAAUUAAAAGAAGUAGUACAAUGUAUAUUACAUUCAAUUUUAUUUCAAAGGUCUUUAGGUACAGUUAAACCAAAAGAUACAACGUUAGAUUGUGUAGAUUUUUCAUAUGUUAAAUCAGAUGAUCCAAGUUCAUCAAAACAUAUAGAAGAUAAAUCAGAGGAAUUAUUAACAUCAAUUAUGAAGAGAAAAGCAAAAACAGCACAAAUAUCAAUAUCAUUUUAUGAAAAACGUACAAAGACAACCAUAUUCUCAAAUAAUAAUAAUGUUUGUUGGGAACAAUGGAUAAUAUCAUUUCAAUUGGUUCAUUCGAUGGACCAAAAAUCAUUAUUCUCUCAAUUAACCGAUACAAUAAAUAAAAUCAUUGAAAAUGUGAAUCAAGAAAAAAGUAUACCUCCAAUAACAAGCUCAAAUGAAAUGCCUUUCCCUUUUUCAAUUCAAAUUGGCUCUGAAAAUACUGGUGGUGUUGUUGAUACAAUUUAUAAUAUGUUUAAACCUCCUCAAAUUACAAAAUAA